GUGGCAUGGAGUCUCUCUUCCCUGCCCCAUUCUGGGAUGUCUUCUAUGGUGGCCACCUGCAGGGCAACCUCUCCCUCCUGAGCCCCAAUCACAGCCUGCUGCCCCCCCACCUACUGCUGAACACCAGCCACGGCUCCUUCCUGCCCCUUGGGCUCAAGGUCUCCAUUGUGGGGCUCUACCUGGCUGUGUGCAUAGGGGGACUGCUUGGGAACUGCCUCGUCAUGUAUGUCAUCCUCAGACACACCAAGAUGAAGACAGCUACCAACAUUUACAUCUUUAACUUGGCACUGGCAGACACCCUGGUUCUGUUGACGCUGCCCUUCCAGGGCACAGACAUCCUCCUGGGCUUCUGGCCAUUUGGAAAUGUCCUGUGCAAGACAGUCAUCGCAAUUGACUACUACAAUAUGUUUACGAGCACCUUCACGCUCACCGCCAUGAGCGUGGACCGCUACGUAGCCAUCUGCCACCCCAUCCGUGCUCUUGAUGUCCGGACAUCUAGCAAAGCCCAGGCCGUCAAUGUGGCCAUCUGGGCACUGGCCUCCAUCAUUGGCAUCCCCGUUGCCAUAAUGGGCUCGGCACAGGUUGAGGACGAAGAGAUCGAGUGCCUGGUAGAGAUUCCUGCCCCGCAGGACUACUGGGGGCCCGUGUUCGCUAUCGGUGUCUUCCUCUUCUCCUUUGUCAUCCCUGUGCUCAUCAUCUCAGUCUGCUACAGCCUCAUGAUCCGGCGGCUGCGCGGUGUCCGCCUGCUUUCGGGCUCCCGCGAGAAGGACCGGAACCUGCGUCGCAUCACGCGGCUGGUGCUGGUGGUGGUGGCCGUGUUUGUGGGCUGCUGGACGCCCGUGCAGGUGUUCGUGCUGGUCCAGGGGCUGGGCGUGCAGCCAGGCAGUGAGGCCGCCGUGGCCCUGCUGCGCUUCUGCACGGCCCUCGGCUACGUGAACAGCUGCCUCAACCCCAUCCUCUACGCCUUUCUGGAUGAGAACUUCAAGGCCUGUUUCCGCAAGUUCUGCUGCGCCUCUGCCCUGCGCCGGGAGACCCAGGUGUCUGACCGUGUGCGCAGCAUCGCCAAGGAUGCUGGCCUGGCCUGCAAGAUCUCAGAGACGGUGCCGCGGCCCGCGUGACUAGGCGUGGACCUGCCCCUGGUGCCCGUCAGCCCGCAGAGCCCAUCCACACCCAACACAGAGCUCACGCAAGUCACCGCUCUCUAGGCUG